ACCGUUUCAGUCCCGCUCAGGAAGUCUCUAGUGCAGAGAGCAAUAGCCUAUAUCCUGAAACGUUUUGGCGGGUUGAUCGGAGUUGUCGUUCUGCCUUUUGCGUUGGCUUCUGGGCAGGCUUAUCCCUGCCUUCUCUCUCCGUCUGCAGGUAGUGCUGAAAGUGAUUAUACAUCGACCUUUUGGUUGCAUGAAUGUUUGCGGUCUGCUCAGUCUGGCUUUCAGGGACCAACAUACCCAGAAUCCACCGAGUUCUGUGCUUAUAGGUAUGUUAUAUAUCUAACAUAUACCAGCUUGGUGGCUGAUCAUAUAUACUCCCAGCAAACCUUACCAAAUGGGCCACGUAUAUCUCCUGCCACCGAAAGCCAAGGGCAGCAAGCCUUCUACCUCCGAAGUAACUGGAAGCAGCGUGAAUCCUUGGAUUAAUGCCAAUUUCACUCGCUUACAGCGACUAUACCGUGAUUUCGUCCAUGCCGGUGUUUGGUUUAACGCGCUGUACUUUACAGGGUUGUUGACAGCAUUAUCUGUCUGCGUCUCGUCCACUACCGAUGGUGAUACAAAUACACUCGGUCAACUGUUCACUGGUUUUACAUGGCCCCCAGUGCUGAAGAUCUGUUACCUCCUGUGCUCCCAUUUUGUCCCGCUCAGAUAUACACUGCGGCCUUUGAAAUACACCACUCGUGAGUCCUUAUCCGGACCUCAUCCAAGUGAUUCGAGUGUUGGAAUUCCUACGGCCAAAUUUAAACAGGCGAUUGAAGACGACCGUCAGCCUGCACUGGGGAGUUUGGUCAUCUCAUUUUUGGCCCGGUGGUGCUUGUUUCAUCGCUGCUUUACUCUUUACCACUUUGAAGGUAUUCAUUGUGUAGGCGUGUCGAAUGAGAAUAUACUUUGGAAUAAACAUCUGCAUGAGCCAAUCUGUGAAGUUUAUAUGGUGACCAGAAUAUAAAAAUAUAAAGCUUAGCCAUCGUUAAAAGAGAG